GAAUCCAGCUCAGAGUUUCACUUUUGAUUCAGAGUAAGUCGGAGCUGAAGUGACGAGUUCUGUGUUCUCACUGUGUUCUACUGUGUUCUACUGUGUUCUCACCCUGUUCUCACAGGAGAUUAAAGCGGGCAGGAAACAGAGCAGGUCAUGGCUGACAUGUACAACAACAGGCCUGUAAAUGACGAGGUGAACGGUGGUCUGGCUGGUCUGGAUGAGGCCAAGAAAGACCUGGAGAUAUGGAAGAUUAAAGCAGAGAAAGCUGAUGAUGUAAAAUCCAGGCUCAUAGUGGAAAAACUGGAGGAAGAUGAAGCCAAGGAGAAGGCCAAACAGGAGAUGUUGGCUUUGGUGGAAAAGAACAAUGAGUAUCAGAAGGACUUCGCUCAGAGCCUGAGCUCAGUACAGGACGAAAUCGGGAAGCUUGCUAAACGCAAACAGGAUUUGCUGGACAAACUGAUGAGAUGUCAGGCUGAGCUGGAGGCUAAGAGGGCCGAGUCCACCAAACUGAAGCAGAAAUUCAAGAUCUAUGCCCUGAUUCCAGACACAGAGGUGAGGUUCACCACUCAGGACACAGAGGAGACGGAUGACAACAGUCAGCCAAUCAGAGGAGUGUUCACCAUCAGCCAGAGGUCCACUGUGUUCCUGCAGGGAGGGCAGGCGCUCAUCACCUUCGAGGAGGAGAAAGUGGCCUCUCAGAUUCUGAAGAUUGCCAAGUGUGCGGUUUCCUGUGACAACAAGAGUCUGGAUGUGAAACCAAAAAGAAUAAGCAUGGAUCCUGUUGUCAAGUUUGAGGUCCACAUCAAUGUUUCCAGAAAGGAGAUCAAGGUCUCCAACGUCCCCCCUUCCAUGCCAGAGGAGAGAGUGAGGGACCGGCUGGAGAUGAGCUUCUCCAGGCCCAGCAGAGGAGGAGGAGAGGUGGAGGGAGUGGAGUACGAUGCGAACACUGGAACAGGACACGUCACCUUCCUGCACCCUGGAGUUGCUGAGAGCUUGGCCCUGAGAGGGAGGCACCAUGUGGAUCUGGACUCUGACGUCAACGUGCAGGUCGGACCCAUUUACAAAUACAAGCUGCGCAAAUUUCAGACCUUCUGCGGCUUUCCGAAGCGAACCAUCCUCCUCGAUGACAUCGGGGACACUUCAGAUGAGGAGGACCUGCAGGAUCAUCUGGAGAUCCACUUCCAGAAGCCCAGUAACUGUGGCGGUGAGAUAGAAAGCAUCAAGUACCUCUCUGGAGGAAAAGCUGCCCUGGCCUUCUUCUGUGAGGAGGAGAGAGACGAGUGACUGUCACCAACAUGUGAGCCCAGUCCUCACAUUAGUCCAGAGUCUGUGAUUAAAGAAAUCUCCCUAACUGAAGGGAAGCUUUUUAUUCACUGUCCUGCUGAGUCAGAUGAUUUAGUUCAACAGUCUUUGAUCUGUGUUUUCACAUCACAUGAUGAGGGGAGUCUAGGUAGUGUUUAAAGCUGUGUUUGCUUUUCUCUUCUACACUGUGCUUAUUAAAAGAUCUGAAUCACAGGUGUGGUGUGUUGUUAAUGACUCAGACUGCGGAUACACACCUGUGUGUGCCAAAAUAAUAAUAAUAAUAAUAAUGAAAAUAAUUUUUUUUUUGGUUGAGUUUCUGCACAACCAGCACUGUUAUAACUUUGGUUAUGCUCAACGAUUGUGAUUGAUAUACAUGGGUCAACCCUGCAGCAAAGGAGUCAUUAGAUUUGACUAUCAAAUACAAAAGGAUAGUUUGAUACUUUUUUCGUCAGCUAGAUCAAACAUUUCUUUUCUUUAAAUUUGCAGGCUGUAUGUUUAUGCAACAUACAGGAUAGACUGAUAUGGUUAUUUAUGGAGAGGUUUGAAAUUGUGCAUUGUCAUAUUAAUAAUGUAGGCUAUCAAUCAUAUUGUACAUAUCUAAAUUAUAAAAUAAAUAAUCCUCAGCCCUAAAUCUAAGUGAAUGGAUGGAAUAUUAGCAUGACCAAUCUGCUGAUUACUGCUUUGUUACCUAUAUUGAUGACACCUUGCAUUUACUCUGUACAUAGUAGUUUAGUUAAUAAACUCCUUUAUUUACACCCA